GUUUAUUCGUGUGCUGCUACCCAUCUGUGCUGUUUUGUACCGCGUACCCGCCGCCAUCUUGUCGUUGACCCUUUCUACCAUAGAGUAAUAUUACUCUAUGCUUUCUACCGUUCAAAUUAUGGUUAGCCGUUUGUCAUCAAUGAUAACAAGUAAGAUUAAACAAUACAUAACUUCUUGUCACACUGCUACGCGAUCGUACCGCUACCGAGCGUAACGAUAAGUCGCACAAACAUUUUUCGUGUUCGAAUGGCAUUUUUCGUUCCGCCUUUUAUGACCGAUCGCUCGAAAAUUACCGUAUACGGUUAGAAAAAUACUGUUUAUCUUUGUGUUGCGCACUGCUCAUCAAGCAUUAUGUUAAAAGAUAUCAAGAACGUGGUGCGGUCUUCUAAACGUCCCAUCAGCGAAGAUUGUUCAGCGGGAGCAUCUUUAAUGGACGUAGCGACUGGUCGGGUGAUUCCGAUCAACCAGGACUCAGAAUUUAUCAUUGGACGCGCUCUUACAUCUUCGGUCAUCAUUGAAGAGUUAUUCAUAUCUCGUCGUCACUGUUCAAUCAAAUAUGAAAAUAACCGUUAUUUCAUAUCUGACUUGCAAUCAGGCUCAGGUACUUUCUUAAAUUGCGAAAGACUUUCAAGAAGUACAAGUAAUAUUACAGAAUUACGACAAGGAGAUCUUAUUGGCUUCGGUGAUAAAAGAAAGAUUACUAUAACAUUCAAAUUUAUCUUACACAAUAUCUCCAACAAAAAACCAAGAUUAUACAAUGAAUAUGGUUUAGAAGUUUAUACUGGAGAAGAAUCGUAUAAAAAUAACAUAACAAAUCUUUAUACGGAAAUAUUGAAUUUAAAAGCUGACCAUAUAGUAUUACGCAAUAAAGCUAAAACUGAAUUAGUUGAAAUGCAAAAUAUGAUGAGUAAUAUUGUGGAAAUUACAAGUAUACAAACUAAAAAAGAACAAGAUAUGAUUCAAGAAAUGACCAACGAAAUUUCUACACUAAUAGUGAAAUUAAAGGAUGCAUCAAAUGAUGUGGGUUCAUCUGAUUCAUCGAAACAACUGAUCUAUUCUCAGUUAGAAAGUGAAUUUCAAUGUUCUAUUUGCAGUGAGUUAGUGUACAAGGCUAUGACUCUAAAUUGCAACCAUACUUUUUGUGAAAUUUGCAUUGAGACAUGGAUGAAUAGAACUAAAAUAUGUCCUGUUUGUAGAGCUCCUAUUCUAACCGUUUCCAACUGUUUGGCUUUGGACAAUUAUAUUACCAAGAUUUGUGAUUUUAUAGGUGGUGCAGUUAAAGAUCAAAGACAAUUACUACUAACAGAAAGGCUUCCUCCGAAAGCAACUGCUAAGAGAGGUAGGAAGAGAGGUGGCAGCAAUUCUAGGCGGCAACAACCAUUACCACCUUACCGUUUUGCUUUAGCAGGAUUUCCUGAUGACACUUAUCCAGUAGAAGUGGUUGAUCUCACUAAUAUGCCAAGAUAAUGCAAAUUAUAUUUUAGAUUAUUAAUGUAUCUUUGUUGUUAAAUGAUGUGCAAUGUUAAAAACUAUCACAUAAAAACUUGAUUUAUAUGCUAUAUGAAUACAACAUUUAAUUUAAAUUAUAUAUUUAUAAAAAUUACUAUCUGUAAUUUUAUUUUGUUGUAAAUAAGAUUAACUAAUAAAGUGUUUGAUACAAA